AUGCAACCUGCUAUGAUGAUGUUCUCAUCCAAAUAUUGGGCCAGGAGGGGGCUGUCUUUGGACUCAGCAAUGCCCCAUGAUCUAAUUAUAUGCGGAAAUAGUACACUAGACAAAUUGAAUGCUGUGAAAAUGGAUGAGAUCAAAUGUACCAAAACUGAACCAGCUGCUGAAAUAGAAAAAACAGCAGUUGUCCUUACUUUGAAAAAUGAACUUGGAGAAUUAUCACAGAUUUUUAAGAUUUUCAAGGAAAAACUUGUGACUAUAACUCACAUUGAAUCCAGGAAAUCUAAAAGGUCCAGCUCGGAGGUAGACGUUUAUGUGGAAUUUGAAUGCACAAAGAAAAAAUACCAGGAGCUCACUCAUCUUCUAAAACUUCAAAGUAACAUAAUAUGUCUGAAUCCAGCCGAGAGAAUAUGGAGGGAUGAUGAAGCCCAUGAUGGAGUUCUCUGGUUUCCUAAGAAGAUUUCUGAACUUGAUAAAUGUUCCCAUAGGGUCCUGAUGUAUGGUUCGGAACUUGAUGCUGACCAUCCUGGAUUUAAGGACAAUGUAUAUAGACAAAGAAGAAAGUAUUUUGUGGAUGUCGCCAUGAGUUACAAAUAUGGGCAGCAAAUACCAAGAGUGGAGUAUACGGCUGAAGAAAUAAGAACAUGGGGGGCAGUAUACAGAGAGCUUACUAAACUGUACCCAACCCAUGCAUGCAAAGAAUAUUUAAAGAACUUUCCUUUGUUAACCAAGCAUUGCGGCUACAGAGAGGACAAUGUGCCACAGCUUGAGGAUGUUGCUCUUUUUCUGAAAGAAAGAUCUGGCUUCAUGGUGAGACCUGUUGCAGGUUAUCUAUCUCCGCGAGACUUUUUAGCAGGCUUGGCUUAUCGAGUAUUUCACUGCACUCAAUACAUUAGACACGGAUCAGAUCCCUUCUAUACACCUGAACCGGAUACGUGCCAUGAACUUCUGGGACAUGUUCCUUUGCUUGCAGAUCCAAAGUUUGCCCAGUUUUCACAGGAGAUUGGCCUAGCUUCCUUGGGAGCAUCCGAUGAAGAUGUUCAGAAAUUAGCAACUUGUUACUUUUUUACAAUUGAAUUUGGACUCUGCAAACAAGAUGGACAGCUCCGAGCCUAUGGAGCGGGACUUCUUUCAUCAAUUGGUGAACUGAAGCAUGCAUUGUCUGACAAAGCUAUUGUGAAAACAUUUGAUCCAAACACUACAUGCUUGCAAGAAUGUAUUAUCACUUGCUUUCAGGAUGCCUACUUUGUAUCUGAAAGCUUUGAUGAAGCCAAAGAAAAGAUGAGGGAGUUUGCCAAGUCAAUCAACCGGCCAUUCUCAGUCUACUUCAAUCCUUACACUCAGAGCAUUGAAGUCCUUAAAAACACUAAGAGCAUUGAAAAUGUUAUAUACAAUUUAAGAAGUGACUUGAACACAGUGUGUGAUGCAUUAACCAAAAUAAACAAAUAUUUGGGAGUAUAA